GGAGGGGAGGAAGGGGAGGGGAGGAGGGAGGAAGGCGAGAGAAAGCGCGCUGCGUGCGGCCCCGCUGCCCAGAGCCUGCCAGCAGCGCGUCCUCGGCGGCUCCCGUCCCAACCGCGCCCGCUGCCUCGCCUCCUCCGUCUCGGCCGCGUCCCGACUCCGGGGCUCGCCCGGCCUCUCGGAGGUCCCCGCCCGCCGGUCCGCCUGUCCGCCCGGGCUCUCCGCUGCGCCGCCCGGCUCCAGCCCCGCAGCCCGCCCCGGGGGAAGGUAGCAGCGGGCGAGCGCGCCCUCGCCCUUGCCUCCAGCCCCGCGCCCCAGCCCCGCGCGGCGACGAAGGACCGGGAAGAUGAACGGCGGCGGCAAAGCCGAGAAGGAGAACACCCCGAGCGAGGCCAACCUUCAGGAGGAGGAGGUCCGGACCCUAUUUGUCAGCGGUCUGCCUCUGGACAUCAAGCCCCGAGAGCUGUACCUGCUCUUCAGACCAUUCAAGGGCUAUGAAGGUUCUCUCAUAAAGCUCACAUCUAAGCAGCCCGUAGGCUUUGUCAGUUUUGACAGUCGCUCAGAAGCAGAGGCCGCAAAGAACGCUUUGAACGGCAUCCGCUUCGAUCCUGAAAUCCCGCAAACGCUACGACUAGAGUUUGCUAAGGCAAACACGAAGAUGGCCAAGAACAAACUCGUAGGGACUCCAAACCCCAGUACUCCUCUGCCCAACACUGUACCUCAGUUCAUUGCCAGGGAGCCAUAUGAGCUCACAGUGCCUGCACUUUACCCCAGUAGCCCUGAAGUGUGGGCCCCGUACCCUCUGUACCCAGCGGAGUUAGCGCCUGCUCUUCCUCCUCCUGCCGCUUUCACCUACCCCGCUUCACUGCAUGCCCAGAUGCGCUGGAUCCCUCCCUCCGAGGCUACUUCCCAGGGCUGGAAGUCACGGCAGUUCUGCUGAGGCUGUGCUUGAAAACACCCUGCCCCGUUUUGACCCCUUCAAGACUUCACAACAGCCUCUAUCACACAUCUGUUUUCCUCAAAGAAAAAAAAAUAUAUAAUAAAAUGUGUUUUGCUCUUUUACACUGUAUAAUUUUAAGAAAUGUGUUAUUUGUGAAUGCAUGGUCUGACAUUUCUGUACAGUUUGAAGACAUAGAACAAAGACAGCAACAGUAAAGCCAAGAUCGUUAGUAUUUUUAUAACAGACAUUUUAAGAAUGGACAGAUGGAUUCUUACACUAGGUUAUAUCACAACUUUUCGCUUGAGUUUUGAAUGCUUUUAAUGGUGUUUAUCUUAUUUUUCUUCUGAAAUAAGAUGCAUGUUUGAAGCAUAUCUCUAGCAUCAAAAUUUUCCACAAUUGUGUUGUAAAUGUGUGGACUCCCUCUGCCUGGCCCAGUCAGGCCCUGUUAUUAGUAAUGUGGUGUAGAAAUGGGCUUCUGCAGUAUUAGCUCUGUAAUCCUGGCUCCCAGGGAUCUCUCUGCAAGACAAUCAGUGCCCCCAAGAGCAUUUGCCAUUGUAGUGUAUUCACCACUGGGCAAAGACUACUUAGGUGAUGUCUCUGAAACCCAUGGCCACUCCAGCUGAGACUAUAUCAACUGUGCCCAGGGACAUAGUGACAUUCUAUACUUAGCAUUUAUGAUAGCACCCUCAGAGUGUGUAGCCUAAUAUAUAUCACCCACCUUCCAUAAACUGUCUCCAUUUCCCCAGUGGAACCUUAUAUUUAAGGGGAGGGACCUAACAUUGCCUCAAGAGGAGCAGGCUCUGCCCACUGAGCCUGCAGUGGACGUUACAUCUCUCUCAAGUGAUUCAGCAAAGCAUUGGCCUACCUGAGUAGCUAUCUGGUCAGGCAGCCAUGUCAGAUAGACCGCCCAUCAUGUUCUCUGGACGUGCUCAUCUUGAGACUACCUACUACAUUGUACAGGGUGGGGAAUGAAACAGUGGCCCUCUGCAAUGAAUACCCUUGCUUCAAGACUUCAAGGCCCAAAGUUAGUCUUGUGUUAUGUGCAACACAUUUCCAGAGGCUGUGACAGCACAGCUCCUGCUCCUCAAAAAAGAGCUAUGUAUUAUAAUGUUGACCUCAGAAUUCCCAGCUGCUGAUACUAGACAUAAUCACAAUCUUUGUAUCUUUGUUAUUGAUCUGCUUGUGUUGUGUUGAAAAGGGUCAUAUUUUAAUGAUUUUGUCAUUGGUUUGGGAGGGUUAUUUCAUUAUUUUUCAUGAGAAGUAAUGUCAAGUUUUUAAAGGUUUAAAAAAAGAAACACCAAGGCCUGGAAUAGGGGCCUUUUCACUGUAAACUAGAGGACGGGGGCAGGCAGCACUGGGAACUUAAACAUCCAAGCUGGUGUUCAGGGACCGCUCAUGCCCCCAGCCCCCGUGCCACUUGACUGUGAGACUCCUACUUGCUUUAUCAUCGAUUAUGCUUUUAUAAAUUGUGUAAAGGUACUUUUGUAUUGUCAUUUUUAAAAAAAUAAUAAAAGUUUAUUCCAGCCAUUA